ACAUAAAAUAACUUUAUUGAGCAGUUUGUGAUCAGCAUUGAUCAGCUUUGUGUCGCAGAUGACGCUACUUACUCUUCUGUUGCUAUGACAACCGGUGUUUGUUUACAAACAGUAUAUGGGGGUUUCGUUAUUCGGCUUUUGCAAAGAACGUUUAUUGCUACAUACCUCGUGGCUAAAGAAAAUGAGUUAUAGGAACGAGCGUGAGGAGUUAAGUAAGGCAAUCGCGAGGCACCUUUCCAUCGACAUCGAACAACUCAUAACGCAAAGCGACGUAAAGACCGUCGAGCACAUCGUCUCGCAAGUUGGACGCACGGAGAGAUGGCGCAAGUUCCAAAAAUCCUACCUGCUUCGCAUGGACCCGAACCAAAGCGACGAGGGAAAAGACUUUAUCGCGCAGGGCCGCCGUGAGUCCGCGGGCACGUCGAAGGAAGGGAUCACACGACGAGACAGCACAACUUCCAUAGCGAGCAUACUGAGCGAGAGUUCCUUGAUGGGAGGUGACGUCGCCUUGUCUACCGAUCACAUUCGCGAAGUGUGCAACCUCAUACGGUCCCCAUCGCCGUCCUCCAAGCUUCAUGCAAUUAACAUUCUAAACAACGUUUCAAACUACGACAACCUAGUCGCAUGCGACGAGUGGCCCGUGCUCGACGAACGGAUCAGGUCUCUUCUGCUGCAUCCUUCGACAGUGAUCAAGCGCGAAACGUUGCGUCUGUUCUGGACAAUGAUGUCAUCCGGAGGCGUAGUGUUCGAGCGCACUUACACGAGCCUACUGCAAGCUGCGAAGGACCAGGUUUGCAAGCGCGGCGCGCCCGCUACGUCACAAAAGGGCAACUCCGCCACAGCCCCCGUAGACGUCGUGGAGUUGCUGAACGUGUACCACAGAAACUUACCGCGACAGUGGCUGAGAUUCCCGCGCAAGGCCCUCAGGCACGUCGUAGAGCAGACACUCGCGCUCAUGGACGAUGGCAUUUACGAGAACUUUUCUCGCGUCUGGAAAUCAUUUGCGAAAGCAGACACCCAAGCGGCGUGGCUGGGCAACUGGUUGCACGGGGCCGAGAGUCGAGCCGUGGUCAUUGAGUGCCUCGCGGACCACGCGAACAUUCUGCUGCACGCCGUGCAACUGGUCAGCAAUUACAAGAAGUUUCCCGACUUGUGCCAGCGCAACACAGCGAGCCACGUUUACGCGGCUUGCGUCCUCUUGCGCGUCCUCACGUACAAGGCAGGCAGGGAUCUCUUCGACUCGCUCAGUUCUGCGGGAAACCCGGAAAAAACCUGGUUCGACGUUUUCUUAAAGGUCGUGCUUUUCGCCAAAGUGCUGUGGGGCUCCAAGUAUGAAAAGUUUUCACUACUACUUAACGUCAUGACUAGAGUGUUGUCAUUAAUUAGCAGCCUCAACGAAAACCCGAUACACCCUCAUCAAGCUGAGACACUCAUCAGCAGUCUGGUAGACUCAAGCAAAAGUAGCCCGAAUGGCCAGUGUAGUACGCACAUACUGUCUGAAUGCCUAGAUGCAAUAUGCUCUUCAUCAUCCGGCUUGAACCUCAUCACAAACUGCAUGUACAAAGCUUGCAAAGUGCCUCAGAUAAUACUGUCCUCAACGAAGCGAGCUAUAGAGAGACAAAACGAGCACGGGCUAUGCACUCGGUGCGUGUCCAAUUUCCUGAGGGCGAGCGGCAGGAUUGUCCAAGAUCCGGGAUACCUCCUGUCCGGGGGUUGUGCGGGCGUCGUCAGGCUUCUGUCGUGUGCGUCGGAGCUUGUGGCCGUGGCAGAUGACGAGCUGAAAAGAAGUUUGACGGGUUUUGUGAAAGCACUACUCACUACCAGUUUAGGAACGGCUUUGCUAUGCGUCGGAACCGUUCCUGAAGCAUAUGAGAAGAUUGUGCUAGACAUCACGGAUGUGUCUGAGAAAGUGAAGUACUGCACGCUGCACAUGCCUUCUCACUACUCCCUUGAUGAUUUGGUACUCUGUGCAAGCCAGUGCAUAUGGAGCUCAAAGUGUGAACUAAGGUCAAGUCCUGAAAGGGUUCAGGAACAGCUGCUGCACAUGAUGUCUCCAUUCAGGCAGUGCAAAAAACUGCUUGGAAAAAAUGCUCAAGACUCUGCGGGAAGCCUGUGGAAUGCAGUCAUUCUCGUCGCCUCAGAGCACUGCCUCUCAGAGGAACAAUUAGUGGUAGCCCUAAGUGUGCUUAAAAGUCUUGUAUGUUGCCUUAAGACUUACUUGUUUCUUGACUCCAGAUAUUCAGUGUGUCAGAGUAUACAAGAACUAAAUGCUGAUUUUUGCAACGAUGAAGGCAAGCCCAUUUUGUGUGAAGUGACACUUAAAGCUAAUGAAGUCGAAGAAAGAAUUAAGUCAUUCAGUAGGAGCAAGGCUCUAGCACUGCCACAGACAUCACAAGCAUUUACGGGUCGUAAGAAAGCUCGCAUUAUUGGGUUGAGGUACACGAGGAACAUGAAGGAAGAUUUCGAAGCUCUGUUGUUGGAUAACGAUAUAUCAGCUGCCAGGUUCUCUGACAUAAUUGACUUUGAGGACAGCGACAAGGAAGACAUCCUUCAAUUGGUUAGAUCGCUCACGUCUGAACAGAAACAUGGUAUUCAGCUGACGGUCGAGUGCGGACUCCAUCUCGGACUGUUGUCAUGUGACAGUGAAGACCACGCGAAGAACCUCGAGAAGCUCAUUCAUAAUGGACGUCACUUUUAUGGUUCCUCGUGCUCAAAGGACAGCUGCGACUUUCUGCUGGCAACCGUGUUUUUAUUACUGAGGGGGAACGUGGUGAAGUCUUCGCAACUCCACAAGUUCUUAUGUGACAGGGACUGCUACGCUCUCUACUUUCACGACAUGGACGGUAUCUGUGACACCUUGGUGUGUGCCUCCUUUCGCCAGUUGUUCGUGGUAAUUCUCAGGGACCAACUGCCAAGACUCUACCACGCAUUCAAAAUGUACAGCUACGAGCCCAGCAACGUUCUCAAGCACUGGAUAGGACAGUUCUUUUGGGGAUGCCUCUCCUUUGACGAAAUUGCGGCAAUACUGCUGAUGGUGAUAAGCCUGGGAGCAGAAACACUUCUCUAUGUCUGUCUCUCCAUGUUAAAACACAUCGAAGAACAGGCAUUGCAAGCUGCUAACGAAUUUCGCUUCAUUGCCAUGCUUAGAGAAGCGGAAAUGCAUGACUUCAAGCUGGUAUCUUAUGUUGACUAUAUCAACUCCUUGGUUGAGCAGUAUGAAAGUAUGGUACAAAAAGGUUUACACAUGUAUGCCCACUAGGUGCCAUGCAUAGGGGCCACCUUUACUACAGCUUUUUUUAGUAUCUCAGUUUUUCCCAGCUCAUUGUGCCUUUUUUUUUUCUUCUCAUUGUACAUGCUGUUUUUGACACCUUUUUGUAAACCUAGUUACACAUCAUGACCUUCCAAUUCCACUCUAUUUCCCAUAUACAAUACACUACAAAAAAUACCCACAAACUAUCUGUAGCUUUAGCCAAAUGAUAAAAGUGAAUACAACAUAAAUAUACAUUUGAUGUUCUGACAUAGGUGUAGACAUACCAUUAAGAAAGGAAAUGUUGGAAAUGUAAGAUUUCUCAGCAUAUUAUCUUUGCAAAUUUUUCUUUAUAAUACAAAUAUGAAUGAACAUUCACCCCUGAAAAAAAAAAAAAAACUGGGCCUGCUUCGCUAUGCAAAAAGGUUCAGCUAAUAUCUGUGCUGCGAAAAAUGGUUUGAAAGUGAACAGAUGCCAAAUUUUCUAGGUAUUGUUUUCAUGCUGGGAGAAGCUGCAAUUAAGAUAGAAAAGCUUUAGAUGCAACAGCAAACAUUGUGCCUGCCUCUUGACAGUAAGUCAUGUUUCAUAUUCAGCCACAUCUUGAAUCACUGCCAUCACUACAAUAACUCUACGAGCAUGUAUUCUUACGAACAAUAAAUAAAUGGUUACAUGGGUGUUGUACUCGUGAAAGUCAAA